CAGCUAAAACAGAUUGAUAAGCAAGUACAAUAGGGAUUUGCCUUUUCUUAUCAAUUUUAAUAGUUUAGAGCCUUAUUUUAAGCAAAUGGGGUCUGCACUCUGGUCACUGUCCUAUGUACCUUUCUUAAGAAAAACAUUAAAAUUUUACAACUUGGCUCAUACUUCUAACUUCAUAUAUGCUAAAAUAUAUCCUUUUUAAAAGAAGUUCAAUACGUAAUUCUCUCGUCCUCUCAAUUCAUUUAGUCUAUAUCUCUACCACCCCUCAUCUCUCAGUCCUCUAGAAUUAGAAACUUGGAGUUUAUAGUGAAAAGAGUUACUAUGUCUAAUGACAAUAGCUCCAAAAGUUUCGACGAAAAAAGCGUUCCCUUUUUGAAGAACUACAAUAAUCAUUCAGAUAAUGGUGUUGUUCAACCAUCAAAACAAUUAGUACUACAACAUACAACUCCUAAUUAUGUAGAUGAUAAUUUGGUUGAAAAUGGCACUCUUAUAAGAAGAAGUUGGGUUGAAUCCAAGAAGUUAUGGCACAUCGUCGGCCCUUCGAUCAUCAGCCGAAUUGCGUCAUAUACUAUGUUGGUUAUAACCCAAGCUUUCGCUGGCCAUCUCGGUGACCUUGAGCUUGCUGCUGUCUCAAUCGGUUGCAAUGUUAUCGUUGGCUUCGACUUCGGUCUCAUGUUGGGGAUGGCAAGUGCUCUGGAGACCUUAUGUGGGCAGGCAUAUGGCGCAAAGAAAUACCACAUGUUGGGAAUAUACAUGCAAAGAUCAUGGAUAGUAUUAUUCGUAUGCUGCAUCCUACUUUUACCCUUGUACAUAUUUGCCGGCCCAUUGAUGAAGUUUUUAGGCCAACCGGACGACGUUUCCGAUAUGGCUGGAGUGGUGGCCUUGUGGUUGUUGCCGCUUCACUUCAGCUUCGCCUUUCAGUUCCCACUACAAAGGUUCCUACAAUGCCAGCUUAAGGCUAACGUUGUGGCAUGGGUCUCAGUAGUAGCUCUGGUGGUGCACUUAUUCGUAUCUUGGUUGUUUGUUUCGGUGCUGAAAUGCGGUAUAAUUGGUGUUGCCGUCACCCAGAACUUUGGAUGGUGGGUCGUGGUUUUUGGGCUGUAUGGUUAUACUGCCUUUGGUGGUUGUCCUCUCACUUGGACUGGUUUCUCUAUGGAGGCCUUUUCUGGUCUUUGGGACUUUGUCAAGCUUUCCACUGCUUCCGGGGUCAUGCUCUGCUUGGAGAACUGGUACUACAGAAUAUUGAUACUGAUGACCGGAAAUCUCAAGAAUGCAGAAAUAGCCCUAGAUGCUUUAUCCAUAUGCAUGAGCAUCAACGGAUGGGAGAUGAUGAUUCCUUUCGCAUUUUUUGCUGGCGCCGGAGUUCGGGUGGCAAAUGAGCUAGGAGCAGGGAAUGGAAGAGGAGCAAAAUUUGCAACCAUAAUAGCAGUAAUGACGUCUAUUGCAAUUGGGCUAUUCUUUUGGCUGCUAGUUUUGAUAUUUCACCAGAAAAUAUCAUUUAUUUUUUCCACAAGCCCGCCUGUUAUUGAGGAGGUUAAGAAACUCUCUGUCCUCUUGGCCUUCACCAUUCUCCUCAAUAGUGUACAACCUGUUCUAUCCGGUGUUGCGGUGGGAUCAGGGUGGCAAAGCACUGUGGCAUUUAUUAAUUUGGGAUGCUACUAUUUGCUUGGUGUACCUCUUGGCUUUUUGAUGGGUUGGAAAUUUGAUCUAGGCGUUAUGGGAAUUUGGAGUGGCAUGAUUUUUGGCGGAACUGCAGUUCAAACAGUGAUAUUAGCUAUCAUCACAAUUCGAUGUGAUUGGGAGAAAGAGGCUCAGAGAGCAAGCGUGCACGUCCAGAAGUGGGCAGAGGGCAUAUAAACAUAUUUACAAAUUACAAUGCAACAUUAAAGUUUUGUUAUACAAUUAUUUCUUUUAGGCCAACAAUGAGGCUCUUGGAGAUCUUGUAAGCAAUUCAAUUGUCAGAACUGUAACCGAUCAAGCUUCAUUACUAAUUAAAGAUUAAUACAACUUUAGCGGAAACCUCAUUCGUAUACUAA